AUGAACUGGAAAAAAGCAUUAAGUUUAGCAGGUGGAGCAGCAGCAGUUGUUGCUUUAACUUAUAUGCUAAUGAGAGAUGAAGAAAAUCAUGAUGAAAAGGAUGAUGAAAAAAAUGAGAAAAAAAAAAAAGACAAUAAAACAACGAAAGAUUCCAAUAAAAUAAUAAAAGGAGAUUCGAUGACAAGAGAAGAUUUACUUCAAUUAUUAAAUGAAAUGCUAAAAUUACAAUCAGACAUGAAGAAUAUAGUAAAAGAUCUUAUAGUAGUUGCCAAAAAUAAUAACUAUGAUUUUAUGGCUGUUUAUAAUGUAGCAAAAACAUAUAAUACAAUAGAUCCAUUAGGAAAAUAUCAAAUCGAAAUGCCAGAAUUUGAUAAAGUUGUUGAAAGUUAUCAUUUUGAUCCAGAAGUAAAAGAAACAGUUUCAAAACUUAUGUCAUCCCAAGAAAAUUAUUAUGCUACUAUGUCUGAUGCACCAACAUUGAGUGUUGAUAAAAUAAUUGAAAUACAUCAUUUUAUGUUGAAUGAAUUAUACAAAAUUGACCCAGAAUUUAAAAAAAUUCCGAAUAAAAAUGAAUUAGACCCCAAAUUAAUAGCAUUAGUAAUUCAAUCAAUUGUAAGUGCAAAAGUAGAAGAAGAGUUCAAUUUAACUUCGGAAGAUGUGGAAGCAUCUAUUGCAACUCAACAAUAUGCCUUAACUUCAAAUAUGGAAUUCGCUAGAGUGAAUAUACAGAUGCAAACCAUUAUGAAUAAAUUCAUGGGUGAUCACUUUAAAUUCAUGUGUGACAAAGAAGGAGCUUACUAG